AAUGUGGGUUUUCACCAACUACCCAUGAAAGGUACUUAAAUAGGUCCGRACUUUUAUCGCUGAACAAAAAGACGGAUCGCAUUUGAAAUACAGAGCAGACAGAAGAUGUCUCGCUGAACAACGCUGACAGAUAACUGUUAAUUCAAAUAAUUACAAUUCUGACUUGAUGAGAUCAACAAACAAAAGCAACGAUGAGUUCAAAAUCUCCUCAGGACCCACCAACUUCUGUGGCGAUCAAGAAAAGAUCCAGAGUCGCUGGAGUCGUGAUCACUCAGUUCGUGGAGAUACUCCCAGCAGGAAAAUCGACACCCGACUUUACUCGGAAACUGAUGGCCUCAACUGUUCAAGAGGGGAAAAAAGCCUUUUUCAAAGCAAUGGUGAGUGGAGAGCCAGGACCGACUGUKACAUGGGGUCGCAACAAAGGAGACGUAGAUGAUCCAGAAAAGUACAAAACAAGAUAUGAAGAAAGAACUCGAGAACAUAUUCUUGAGAUACCAAAUGCAAACCUUGAUCAAGCUGACACCUACACAUGCUUUGCAACCAAUGAGUUCGGAAAAGCUGUCUGUACAACCACUCUGACUGUGAUUGAAGGAGGCCAAAAGAAGAAAUCACAAGAUGCAAAUGGGCAGGGAACACAAAACUUCAGAGCAAUGCUUAAGAAAACGACAGUUGUGACCAAGAAAAAGAAACAACUCCCCCAACAGAAAGAAGGAGAAAUAGAUCCUAAACUCGUGGAGCUGCUUCUAAGUGCACCAAAGAAAGAUUAUGAAAAAAUCUGUCUGGAGUUUGGCGUUACAGACUUCCGCUGGAUAUUAAAACAACUUAAACAGAUAAAGAAAGAUAGAGAAGAUGAACAAGCCCAGGUUGUAGAGAAGCUGGAGAAUGUGAAACAAAUUGAAGUGAAACCAAGUGGAAGGGCUGAAUUCAGCUUUGACAUGAAACUAAAGGAUCCCAACAGUGCAGUUCAUUUAUACAAGGAUGGGACAAUGAUUMCAUACGAUGAAAAUAAAAACUCAAAGUACAGGCUUGAGAAAAAAGGGAUAAACUACCUUUUCAGUAUUAAAGACCUUCAGCCUGAGGAUGCUGGGUUAUAUCAGGUUGAUGUUGAGGAGACAAAUGUCCUUACAACUGAGCUUAAAGUUCCAGACGUGGAAUUCACAGCAAAGAUCGAGGACGUUAAAGUCACCAACAACGAUGACGCCGUCUUUCAUUGUGUUCUGUCARCACCCCUGAACAGAAUCACUUGGGCAAAAGAGGAUUCAUCGCUUGAACAAAGUGACAAAUAUGAGAUCACAGUCUCUGAGGACAAACUGACUCACACACUGAGAAUAAAAGCUUGUCAAGUUGCAGAUAAUGGAGCUUAUUAUGCAACUGCUGGCAUCACAUCGAGCAGCGCCUCCCUCAGGGUGGAAGCUGGUCACAAAGCUGGUGAUCAUGAAAACCAGUCUAAACACACAUCAAAACAGCAGAGGGAGUUUCAAAAAGAAAAGGACCCAUCAAAACAUGCAGCCAAAGCUGCACAGGAAGAUGGAGGACAUGGAAAAGGUGGAGGCGAUGAAGAAAUCGGGAAAAGUGGAAGAGAUGUUUUUUGUGAUGGCAGUAGUGAACAUUCAGGUGCAGGAACCGCGGAAGGGAAAAACAAAGGUGAUGAUGAAAAAGGGGAUGGAAACGGCAAGUUUAAGAACCUCCAGCGAGAUGGAGAUAAUAGAAAUACAGCAGAUGGUGAUGGUGACAAGAAAAAGAAGAAGUUACGAGAUGGUCCUUUAGUUCCUGAAACUGUCACAGAUGGAGGUGUUCAGUUUGUCAGAGGGCUGUCAGAUUUAAAUGCAGUUGUUGGUGGUCAAGCAGAGCUGUCCUGCAAACUGAGCAGCAACGCUUCAGAGGGACGGUGGUACAAAAAUGGAAAGCCGCUAACAGACAAGGACGGGGUAAAGAUUAUCAAAGAUGGAGCUUGUCACACCUUGAUAAUCGAGUGCUGUAAAUAUGAGGAUGAAGCUGUGUACCGCUUUGAAUCUGAAGGACGCAAAUCAGAGGCAACGAUCAACGUCCAAGACCCACCAAAACUGGACUCGGAUGCUUUGGGAAAAUUCACAAAUCCAGUCAUCGUAAAAGCAGGAGAAAAUGCAGAAUGGAAGCUGCCAUUUUCAGGCAAAGCGCCGAUGAACACUCAGUGGUACAAGAAUGACGAUGAGCUUUCACCUGCCGCCAAUGUGAAGAUUCAGAACUCAGACACAAACAGCCAGCUGCGGCUUACUAGGUGUCAGAGGAAAGAUAGUGGCGAUGUCAAAAUUAAAAUUAAAAAUGAGUUUGGUACUAUAGAAGCCACUUCAAAGCUUAUUGUUCUUGACAAACCAACACCUCCACAAGGUCCUGUGGACAUAGUGGAAAGUGCUGUAACGUCUGUUGAAUUCAAAUGGAAACCACCAAAAGACAGCGGCGGCUGCCCAGUCACAAACUACAUCAUCGAACGGCAACAAGUUGGGCGAAAUAAAUGGUCAAACCUUGGAGAGAUCCCUGGUACUCCACAUUACAAAGAUACUGAUGUGGACCCCGGAAGGAGAUACUCUUACAGAAUCAGAGCCAAGAAUGCAGAAGGCAUUAGUGAUUACCUGCAGUCAGAAGACAUAUCAGCUGGUGUAUUGCGUUAUCCUGGACAACCAACAACACCUAAAGUGGUCAGUGCCUUUAAAGACUGCGUCAACCUGUCAUGGUGUGAUCCAUGUGACACGGGGGGAACUAAAAUAGUGGGAUAUAAUUUGGAAAAGAACAAGGCAGGCACCAAUUACUGGAGCCUUGUAAACCAAAAGGGUCCCAUCACAGAUACAAAGUACGCAGUGAAAGAUGUCUUUGAAGGUGCUGCAUAUCGAUUUAGAGUGUCUGCCAUCAAUCUGUCCGGUGCUGGAGAUCCCAGUUUUCCAUGUGACAUAGUUACCGCAAGAGAUCCAAUGAAACCCCCCGGCAAAGUGUCAGGUCUUAAAUUAACGUCUUCCAGUUAUACUACAUUUUCACUGGCUUGGAAUAAACCAAAGGAAGUAAAAGGAAAAGACGAUGAAGCCCAGGGGUACUACGUGGAAAUCCGACCAAUAGAGAGCCUAGAAUGGGUCCGAUGUAAUGCCGUUCCAAUUAGUUUAACUUCCUACACUGUGCUGGGCCUCAAGGCGAUGGCCGCAUACUGGGUGAGAGUAAUUGCCACAAAUUAUGGUGGUGAUGGAGAACCUAAGGGCUUUGACAAUUAUUUCACUGCCAUGCCGCCUCCUGUAAAGCCAAAAUUUAAAGGCCGUAACAUGAAGACAUUGAUGGUGGUCAGAUCUGGGAACACUGUUCGACUCAACAUUAACUUUGAGGCAUCCCCAAUGCCUGACAUUUUUUGGGUAAAGGAUGGAAUCCCAGUGGCCAAACAUGUAACCAUAACUAACUCUGACAAAGGGUCUCAGCUGCUGAUUCCUACAUCUGAGAGAUCAGACAGUGGCUUCUACACCAUUACUGUGAAGAACAUCGUUGGUCAGGAAAGCUUCAGUGUUGAAAUCAGAGUUACAGAUGACCCCAAGCCUCCAGGUCCCGUAGAGCUGGAACAGAACAUCCCAGGGACAGUAACUCUGUGUUGGACUCCCUCUCCAGAUGAGAAGAAAGAUGACAGACUGCAUUACAUGGUUUCCAUGCGAGACUCCUUCAAACGUACAUGGAGGACUGUGGCAGAUAAUCUCUUUAACAAUAAGUUCACAGUGGUCAACAUUAUGCCUGGACGGGAGUACAACUUCAGGGUGCUCGCUAAAAAUGACAUGGGCCUGUCGCCACCAUCUGCAUCCCCUGUGUUUGCAAUCAGAAAGGAAAAAGAAAAGUUUAAAUUAAACAUGCCCGAGAUUAAUUCUUCAAACUUUGAGUCGCCUCCGUCCUUCAUUAUUCCCCUGAAGAGGCGCACAGCUCCUCAAGGAUACGAAUGCUGCAUGAGCUGUGCAGUAAGAGGCGAUCCGUCGCCACGUGUGACGUGGUGCCGCAACAACAUCAGCAUCAACACAAACACAAACUAUCUCAUCACAAACGUGUGCGGAGUCUGCUCCCUGCUCAUACUGCGGGUGGGAGCCCAAGACUACGGAGAAUACAAAGUGGUGAUCGAGAACAAACUGGGAGCUGCAGAGUCCUCAAUGACCCUGAACGUCAGAGAGUGAAGUGGAUCUGAGAGAAGCUGGACUUGGACUUGACAGAGAUAUUUUUCAAAUCAAUUAUACCAACUUAAUUUUAAUUAGUCCGAUCCCUACUGCUGUUACAGAUCUUUCUUUAAAAAAUACAAACAUGGCGAAAAAUGUGAUUAAAAACAUAUUAAGUCA